UGUUCAGAAGGCAUACGGACAGGAAGAGAGUGACAACUAAUACAGGAUAUUAGAUCAAGGAAAUUUUAGCGCCAACACUAUCAAAUCGUACGUCAUGUAUUAAGGCAAGCUACAGCUGUGGUUGAUAAUAAAAUGUAAGGUUACUGGGAAAGAAGAAGCAAAAUGAAAUGUUUAACCCGAUAUCGAUCUGCUGUUUUUUGCCUGUGGGCGGCGCUGUACCUCCAUCUCGUUAAUGUCGCUGCAGUUAAAAUCAGGCGACUCUCAGUUCCACGUUGGGUGCAGAACGGGACAGUCCACCCUAUCACCCUAGACUGUGAGUAUUCAUACAACCACAACGAUCUCCACCUGGUGAUCAAGUGGUAUUAUAACAACCAGGCGAAACCUGUUUACCAAUGGAUCCCACAACUUGGUACCCGCUACGUAUCCGGUUUCCUCCAAGGUCGAUUAGAUGAGUCCUUUGUUGCUGAUCCUGAAGACCCAUAUUCUCGGUACCGGGCACUCAGGAUCAUCAAACCCACCACUGACAUGACUGGAACUUACACGUGUGUUGUAACCUCGUUGGCAGAUCAAGACACUCGUGAACAAGUGAUGGUUGUUUAUGCUCCAGCCAAAACAAUAUUGGUGAACCAUAGCUUGACCUCGACAAACGAUCUCGAAGUGUCUUGUUCAGCAAAUGGCCUCUUUCCUAGGCCGCAGAUUGAGUUAUUCGUGUCCGAACCUGGAAAGACUGUCCCUCGUUCUGUCGGCGGGGCUUCAAUUAAUAUUGUCCCUCGUGAGGGAGUGUUUGAUAUUGAACUGAGAAAGAUCUUCAGUAUAAAAGAACUGUCAACCACUGAAGCCACUAUUUUUGAAUGCUUCAUUGAAAUACCAGGAACAGAUUAUGUUCGAGUCGAAAGGAAACCUUACAUUCCAGAGCCUGUGAAGAUGGAACAAGGUGAUCGUCAUGCAACGUCUGAUGGAAGAAGAGUUGUGACGACUUUGAUGAUCAUUUUGACAUCCAUGAUCACGUUGGUUAUUAGCUUGUAAUGAGAUACGAAUUCCGAGACUGAAGAGAAAGCCUCCGACUGGUGAAACUAAUGUCUUGGUAUAAAGACAAUCGGCCAAUUUAUUGGUCUACAUAUUGAAGUGGUAUUACUUGAGUGCUUUACUAGAACCAAAUAAUACAAGGACGAAGAAAGUCGUACGUCAUCUCAACUGUAAGGCCGCUGGACCUUUUUGAGAUCAUUAUGAAACAUAUACUGGUUUAUACGUUUACUGUGACUAGCUAUUGUAAACAGAAUGGUAAAGAAACAGCUGGCGUUUCUUAUGUUUUGCUUCUUCGUUUCGACUCCAUGUCGUGAGCUCAGUCUCUAUAAGUAGAGAUAUUUGUAUACAUAUACGAGAAAGGUAUCUAGUCGGUAAGCUUGAUACUUUUCAUUUAGCUUUUCGUUACAAUGUCGUUUGAAGAAAACAUUAAAACGUUACAUCACUGUGAUAUAGCCAAAUAUCUCAUUGUUUAAUAAAUGUUUAAGCAUUAAGAAAAAUGAAAAAAAAACACAAAAAACACAGGAGAUAACUAAACUUAACAAUCGCGUAUUAAUGGAACGAAAAUUAAAAUUAUGGUCUACAUGUUCAGAUGGUAAUAUUUAUCCCACUGAACUAUGUUUUUAGCACGUAUUAGUGUGUGCCCUGCCUUCUGGAAUACAGCAUAAAUCAUAUGUUCAUAGCUUAUAAAUCUAUGAGCAGAAAUAAUUGAUACAGUUGUAUUCUCACUGUUAAUGUUACCUGCAUAUCUUUAGCUAAUCGUUUUUAAUGUGACCAGUUUUAUAUUUUGACGUGUUUUUUUUUGUUUAUCUCAAGUGAAGUGUAAAGGAUCCAGCUUUUUUCACAAUUAAACUGUUCUUUACGAUUAUACCUACUCAAUCAUAAAACUGUUUUAAGUUAUUGUCCUAUUUCAGGUCAUGUUCCAAUUAAACAAAAAGGUUUAACAUAUCAGAGUAGGAGUGUAGAACAAAAAGUCUAUUGUUAUUCAGUUAUUUUGUUCGUCUACUCAUUUUACACCUCAGACAAAGUUUACUUUAUAAGCUAAUUUUUCUCAAAAUUCCAGUCGAACUUUAAGCGUUCACCUUGGAAGAAAAAAAAUCAGUAUUUUGCUCAGCGUUAAGUCAGAAGGCUUAUAACGCAACCCAAAUCUGGUUUACUUUAUUAUGUAGAAAAGCAAAACAAAUAAAUCAGUAUUUACCUAAAUAAAAGAAACCGGUAACUGACAUAAAUGUUGAAAGGCUAACUUAAAAUUAGUAAAUCUUGCUGUUUAAUUAUGGUAAAGAUGUUGUUGGAAACAACAGGAAGAUUCUAAAUUGUGGUAUUUCCUUCAGUGGUUUAGCUGUUUUAGCUAACACGCUCAUCUAGUAAUUUAGAGUAUCGGGGUUCGAAUUGUGCACCAUUUAGACUUAUCAGGAAUACAACAGAUUCCGGUUAGAAGUAUCAGGAUACAGAUUCCAUUUGGACUUAUCAGGAAUACUACAGAUUCCAUUUGGACUUAUCAGGAAUACUACAGAUUCCAUUUGGAUUUAUCAGGAAUACUACAUAUUCCAUUUGAAUUUAUCAGGAAUACUACAGAUUCCAUUUGGAUUUAUCAGGAA